AUGGCCCAAUCCAUCACCACCCAAGCUCAAGCCAUCAUAACUCAAGCUAACAGAGAGGUUGCACCUCGAGAGAACCAACAUGCUAGUACUAUUGCUAGCCGUUUGAGAGAUUUUACAAGGAUGAACCCUCCCAUGUACUUUGGAUCAAAAGUUGAUGAAGACCCCCAAGAUUUUCUUGAUGAGUUCUAUAAGAUUAUGUUUGCUAUGGGGGUGAGUACUAUUGAGAGGGCUGAACUUGCUGCUUAUAACCUCAAGGACGUCGCUCAGACAUGGUUUAUGGUUCAUGCUCAACAGGUUGAGGAAAGUUAUCUAAGGAAGAGGAAUUGGGAAGCUACGAAGGUUCCUUCAAAUUUCUCUAAGAUUCGCAUUGAUAGAGGUUCUAAUCCUAAACCUCAAAAGGGGAGAAUUGUUGAUCCACCAAGAGAAAGACCAACUUGUGGUAAGUCUGGUAAAAGACAUGAGGGCGAAUCUCUUGUAGGGACUAAACGUUGCUAUGGUUGUGGAAAAGGUUCCCAUAUGUUGAACGAUUUUCCUAAUGUAAGAGGCCAAGGUAGGGAAAAUAUCCAUGCUCAACCAAGCGGUCUGAAUUCUGAAGCUCCAAAGAGGAACUAUUUCUAUGCACUCAAGGCUAGGGGUAAACAAAAAACCUCUCCAGACGUUGUGACGGGUAAGUUACCAGUUUUCUUUGUUAAUGUUUAUGCUUUUCUCGACCCAGGUUCUACUCUUUCUUUUGUUACACCUUUGGUAGCUACGAAGUUUGAUGUACUGCCCAAUGUUUUGAUUGAGCCCUUUCCUGUUUGUACCACAAUGGUUGACUCUGUAGUUGCAAAAAGAGUCAUGGGAAAUGUCCUGUGA